UGAGCGGUAGGUGGGCGAGGCUCUCUAGACAGAGGCGGCGGCGACUGGACGGGGCGGCUCUGUUCCUUCCUUCCUCAUCCUCUUUUCCCCGCCCCGUCGCCCGUCCACGCCGUGGAGAGACCGCAGACCAGUGCCGCUCGCACCGCCAUUGCAGCUUGCCCAACCAGGUGCUCGCGCUCUCCUGUUCGCCCGCGGCCCCUGUCCCUCCCCAGCAGCGAUGGCGACGGCCUUCUCAACCAAGCAGCCGCUGCAGGUCGCUACACCUACAAACAAAUGCCGUCGUCCAAGGUUGCCACUGGUUAAAGUGCAACAUUCGUCCAGCAAACGAGCUGGUGCUUCCAUUUCUUUGACAUCUAGUGCCGAGGGUGCAGAGAGAAACGAGCCCAUAGUCAAAAUGUGUGGCAUCACAUCUGCCAGAGAUGCAGAAUUCGCCGCAAAGGCUGGAGCUAAGCUUAUCGGGAUGAUUCUUUGGCCUAAGUCCAAACGAUCUGUUCAACUGGCAGAAGCGAAGGAAAUAUCCAGAGUAGCAAAGUCUUAUGGGGCUGAAGCUGUUGGUGUGUUUGUCGAUGAUGACGAAGAGACCAUCUUAAGAGUGUCUGAUUCAUGCAACCUUGAACUUAUUCAGCUUCAUGGAGAUAGUUCUCGAGCACUAGUUCCUGCUCUUGCCAAGAACAACCGGGUUGUGUAUGUUCUUAAUGCUAACGCGGACGGAAAACUUAUCAAUUCUCCUCCCAGUGAAGAAUAUGACAUCGACUGGUUUUUGGUGGACAGUGCAGAGGGUGGAAGCGGCAAAGGAUUCAACUGGGAGAAUUUCCAAAUGCCGUCGGUGAAAAGCAAGAAUGGCUGGCUGUUAGCAGGAGGCCUUCAUGCGGACAAUGUUUGUCAAGCCGCUUCGGCUUUAAAACCAAAUGGCGUGGAUGUUAGCAGUGGAAUAUGCUCUCCUGACGGUAUAAGCAAGGACCCGAAGAGAAUAUCGUCCUUCAUGAGAAGCGUGCAAUCCUUAAGUUCCUGAUGAGGUCUUUUUUUAGACCUCACGGGCUUAUGGCUUCUUGAUUCAGCUUGUGAAGACAUUUGCAAAUAAGUUGUCCUGAAUGAUAGCAGUAAAUAAACAACUUUGGAGCUGAGUUCCAACUAUGUUUGUCUAAUUGUACCAUUUGACCAGUUCUGCCAAUUUUGUUACCUGAUAAGAUAGUAAGAUGGUAUAAAUGUAA